GAUUGCAAUAAAUUUGACCUUGAUACAUUAUUGCUGAUAUUUCACUUCAUUCAUACUAUUCGUAACUCAUGAUUGAUCGCAAUAUUCUGGUUAUUUUCUAUUGCAUAGUGGUCAUUGCACUUUCAGUUUUAUUUUACUAUGUUUGGAAAUUCUAUUAUUUGAGAAAAGAGGAACAUGAGGAAACAAGAAGUCUAGAAUCUGGAAUUAUCCACUCAUCAAGCCAGAAAACACCUUCUAGCGUCCGAGAAAAUGAAAGUCUCCUCCAAGCCAAUGAAGAAAAUGUUCCAAUUGGAUUGGAGACCGAACCCAUUAAUGCCAUAAUCAAAAACCUAAAAUUUGACGAGCGAUUUGAAAUUGAUGUCAAUAAGUUUUCCUUCUACAACUUAAGCUUCUUAGGGAAUGGAUAUUAUGGGAAAGUGUUCAAAGAGCGAAUGCACAAGAAACAGAAAAAUGGUCUAGACUCUGAGAAUUCUUUGGAAGUUGCCGUUAAACGUGCAUUAAGACCUGAAGAUCCAUCGGAACAACAGUUGAUGUGUGAAGAACUUAACGUGAUGUGUGUUGUUGGAAAACAUCCAAACAUCCUUGCACUAAUUAGAUGGAUCCGAACCAAUGAAAUUCUUAUUGUUUCCGAGUUCGUAGAGAAAGGGGAUCUUGUAGAGUAUUUGAGAGCUCGGAGAAGAUAUUUCAAUAAGGAUAUUGUUUGUGUCGAAGAUAAUGGUCGUUUGCUGUGCCCGACGGACUUGUUAUCAUUUGCUUUUCAGAUUGCUAAUGGAAUGAAGUUUUUAGGCAAUGUCGCGUGUGUUCAUCGCGAUCUGGCACUACGAAAUGUGUUUGUCAAAAGAAAUCGAAUUAUUCGAAUUGCUGAUUUUGGAUUGGCUAGAUGGCAUGAAAACAAAGAAUAUUAUAGAAAGAAGACCGACGUAGGUUUUCCAAUGAAGUGGUUGGCACCGGAGUGUUUCGAGUUUGAACAAGAACGCGAGAAUAUAAAGUUUGAUUCGAAAUCUGACAUUUGGUCAUAUGGAGUUUGUCUUUAUGAAAUAUUUUCAUUGGGAGUGUCACCUUAUGAGGGUCUCGAUUUUCGGCCAGAUUAUUUCCAGGGUUUGAUGAAGUACGUGAGAGAUGGGAAUCAACUUCCAAGUCCGGAGCAUGGGAGUGAUAAAAUCUACGAAUUCAUGCAGUCUUGCUGGAACUUAAAUCCGGAUAAACGACCCGUCUUCUCAGAAUGCCGUGAUUUCUUUCAAAAACUGCUACAACAAGUGUCCAAACCGUUUUUUGAAAAUCUACUCAAAGAAAUACAGAAUGAAGAGAAAUUGCAAACAAGCUAUGAUAAUUGAAUGUCUUCUAUAUAAUUAUUGCAGUUUUUGGAUUUUCAACAUUUCAAGCUUUAGAUAAUAACCUUUCUGUUGUCUUUACUUGUUUUAUUGUGUUUUUCUCUUAAUGAACAUUUAAUUUGACA